AUGACCGACCCGGACCCAACCUUCACCACCGAGCGCCAUGUCAAAUACUAUCUCCGAUGCCUGAAGACAUUCCUGCCGUCUGCCUACACUUCCAAUGAUUCCAAUCGCAUGCUCCUCGCCUACCUGACCCUCUCAGGACUGGAUGUGCUCGGCGUUCUGCAGAGCAAAACCACCCCCGAAGAAAGAAAAGGGUACAUCGACUGGCUUUACCACUGCCAGGUGCCUUCGGGCGGCUUCCGCGGCUUCCCAGGAACAGACUUUGGGUCAGAAAAGAGGAACAAGGAUAAUGAAGCUUGGGACCCGGCCAAUGUCCCCGCGACGUUCUUCGCGCUGGUGAACUUGCUGAUCCUCGGGGAUGAUCUGUCGCGUGUUAAACGACGGGAAUGUCUUGAAUGGCUCCCUACAGUCCAGCGCGCAGAUGGAAGCUUUGGUGAACUUGUUGGCCCUGAGGGGAAGGUAGGAGGAGCUCGUGAUCUGCGAUACUGCUGUUGUGCUGCGGGCAUACGGUAUAUCCUGCGCGGCCGGAAUGAGACUGGGCUUGAGGGUGUAGCGGAUAUUGAUGUGCUAGGUCUGGUUUCCUUUAUUGAGGCGUGCCAGACAUACGACGGUGGCAUGGCCGAAUCUCCUUUCUGUGAAUCGCAUAGUGGACAUACAUAUUGCGCGAUCAGUUCUCUGGACUUCUUGCGCCGAGCUUCUAAUAAUAUGGAAUCAUUGCCGUUACUCUCGGCAGGCUCCAAGCAGUUCGAGGCUCUGAUUACAUGGCUGGCUUCGAGACAGACCGCCCAACUCGAGGAACCCGCGGAGGAUGAAGAUUAUGAACAGCCCGAGGCACCAGAGACGGGUUCUCUUGGUGACCGAGUCCGAGGGUUGCCUAACGUGCAACCGGUUGAGCCCAGCACGGUACCAUGCGCCGGGUUCAAUGGCCGGUGCAAUAAAUACGCCGACACAUGUUACUCGUUUUGGAAUGGAGCGACCUUGAUGAUGCUGGAUCAUUAUUCUGUGGUCGAUGAGGUUCGCAAUCGCCACUACUUGCUGGAGAAGACCCAACAUCUUGUCGGUGGAUUUGGAAAGGGGCCCGGGGAUCCUCCUGAUCUGCUCCACUCAUACUUUGGCAUGGUAUCCUUAGCUUUCCAGGGCGAGGCGGGACUCAACCGGGUCGAUCCCACGAUGGGUUCUAGUCAACGCACAGUCCGACACCUUGAAUCACUGCCUUGGUGGCAAUGA